AUGGUCGAGUCCACUGUGGAAAAGCAGCACUAUGAGGUCCAGGUGUACGACGAGUUCGUGAUGGUUGGCAACACUGCUGUACUGCGCUGCCACGUGCCCUCCCUGGUGAGGGACCACGUGGUCGUCACGUCCUGGCUACGGGGAAACGCCGAGCGUAUCGUCACUGACAUCCAGUCAGGUGGCCGUUACUCUGUGUUCCCGUCUGGGGAGCUGCACAUACGUCACGUGACGCAGGCGGAUGGCGCGCUGCCCUACCGCUGCGAGACCAGGCACCUGCUGACGGGGAAGUCCCGGCUCAGCAUCUCAGCCGCCAGACUGCUGGUGACGUCACCGCAGAGCUCUGUGCCUCCCCGCAUCACGGACUCGCGCAGCCACGUGCAGGCGCGCCACAGGCAGCCCGUGGAGCUGCCCUGCGCAGCACAGGGCUUCCCGCUGCCCUCCUACACGUGGUUCCGCAGCCAGGGCGCCUCCAGCCAGCGCGUCGCCCCGGAGGACCGCGUGCGGCAGGUGGGCGGCAGCCUCUUCCUGGCGGCCGCGCUGCUCAGGGACUCUGGCCGCUACGUGUGCGUCGUCAACAACUCGGUGGGCGCCGAGCGCGCCUCCACCUCGCUGCUCGUAACCACGCCGCUGUCGGCCUACGUGGCGCCGCAGCAGCAGACGGUGGACGUGGGGCGGCCCGCGCAGCUCAACUGCUCCACCGAGGGCCACCCCCAGCUGGCCGUCUCCUGGCUCAAGGACGGCCGGCCGCUCCACACCUCCAGCAGGGUCAGGCUGCUAACCCCGCAGACACUGCGCAUCGAACACGUGGAGCAGCAUGAUGCAGGGAUGUACCAGUGUGUGGUCUCCAACAAUGACGAGACUGCUCAAGGAACAGCACAGAUCUCGCUGGGAGAUGCGGCGCCAGUGCUAGUGAAGACCUUCGGUGCGGCGACGCUAACGCCAGGUUCGGCGUGGUCUGCAGAGUGCGAGGCCGCUGGCUCCCCGCUGCCCUCCGUGUCCUGGCGGCGCGACGGCCACGCCCUCACCACCUCACAGCAGCACACUCUGCAGGUGAGCGUGCAGGCGGGCAGCGCGUCGGUGCGAGGGCGUCUGUCGCUGUCUGCGGUGCGGCCAGAGGACGGCGGCGUAUACGAGUGCGUGGCCAGCAGCGCGGCCGGCGCCGCCUCCCACGCCGCCCCCCUGCACGUCGUGGGCCCGCCCCACGUCCGGCCCAUGCCAGACCAGAGGGUCGUCGCCCACACCGACGCCGCCUUCCACUGCCGCGUCACCGGCUACCCCAUCAGCCAGAUACGCUGGGAGAAGGAGGGAACCACACUACCGGACAACGACAGACAGCAAGUGUUCCAGAAUGGGACACUCAUAAUACAGAACAUGCAGAAACAUUCCGAUGAGGGAGGUUACGUGUGCGUAGCGACAAAUCCGGACGGACUCACUUCAAGGAGCAAGCUGAAUAUUCAGGUCAUGGAACCCCCUCAGAUAGACCCAAUAUCGACAAAGCCGGACCUACAGAGAGGAAUGCGGACGCACCUGUCUUGUAUCGUCAGUAAAGGCGACCUCCCGAUCGAAAUCAGCUGGCUGAAAGACGGCGCGCCGGUGCCCGAGGACGAGGAGGUCUCCGAGAAGACCAUCGACGACUACUCGAGCACGCUCAGCUUCCGCAGACUCGCCCCCAGGCACGCCGGAAACUACUCUUGCCACGCGGCCAACGCAGCAGCCUCCGCCCACUACACUGUGCAGGUUACUGUGAACGAGCCGCCAUCUUGGAAGCGUCAGCCCAAGGACACGCAGGUGGAGGCCGGCAGAUCCGUGACGCUGCCUUGCUCUGCGGACGGUUCUCCUGUGCCGAGAAUCCUCUGGAAGAAGGAUUCCGGGUCCUCGCCACCCAACUUCCAGGAUGUCAGCAUGCUCAUGUCCAACUACAAGAUUCUGGAUAACGGCAGUCUGUGGAUUCAUAGCGCCCGCCCAAUGGACAAAGGACAUUACCUGUGCCAGGCUGCCAAUGGAUUUGGAAUUGGUCUUAGUAAAGUCGUUUACGUCGAUGUGAGAGGUUAG